AAAAAUCACCUAUAUCGAAUAAAUAACAUCGCUUUUAAAAUCGUGAGAAAGUAGUAUCUAAGAAUGAAUUUAGCGUUUGAAUGGUUCUUUCGAUAUUUGAUAAUUUUUUCGUCAUUUUUCUUCAACGAACAGAAAAAAAUGAUAUGCCACUGUCAAAACGCCAAUCCGACACCUCCACCAGAUGCUCAAAAAGAUGCUAAGGUCAUAGUAGACUCAAAAUUCGACCCUUCGACUAUCGCGAAAAUUUUGCCAUACAGGACCAAAGAAGAAUGCCAAGCGAUAAAUGGUGCAAUAGCUUCAUUAAAUGGAGGAAAAAAUUUAGUUCCUCCCGAUUAUGAACCUCUGAAGAAUACGUCAGCGUACCAAGAUUUGCUAUUCGCUUUGGUCAACGAUGUGUUGACAGUUUUUAGCAAGUACAUGGGACGUUAUUUGGAUCUUAAAGAUGAAACUAUGAUUAUUAUGAUUUAUGCACAAAUUGAUGACAGAGAAGGAUUCAAGCACAGAUAUGACGAUCAGCAUAAACGCUGUUUUGACGAUGCUCGCAGAGAUCAAAGGCAUCCUUUUGCAAAUUCGUUAAAAGUAUGGUCAGAGUAUAACAGAUGUCCAAACUCAGAUUACCCAUCUUUGUAUACAUGUACAUACGGGAUAAAUUUGUUCGGUGAUCGGAAGAACUGGGACGAUAGAAGUAGACGCAAGUUGGAAGAUGCACUGAUGAUACUUCCAGGAGAUCAGUCAAAGGGUAUUUUGUAUUGUUAUGGGAAAGAUAAAGAAACUCCACAACCAAGUAUUAUCAAGGAUAUCCAUAAUCACAUACACAAUGACGAUCUCAAGGAUUUGUAUACAACUUUAGUACGUUACAUUCAAGAUGCUAAUGACUAUUUGGCUGAGAAGCUUCACGAUUAUUGCGAUGGUCGAGAUAAUUGGGCAAUGUGGAUAAUCGUUGUCACCAGAUGUCGCGAAGAUACGAAAGGACUCGACGAAUCUUUUCAAAAACGAUACAACGGAGUGACGUUGAAACAAUAUCUCGAUGUAAGGGUGAUUAUUCAAGAUCCUGUACUCAAAAAUAUUAGGAAGAAAUAACUCUUGCUUCUCAGUUUUUACUAUUUAUUAGUGCAAAGCUUUUCAAACACCAAGUGUUCAUCAUCAGGCUUAAGAAAAUUUUGCAAAUGGUAAACAGGAUCUACAGCCUCCUCCACCGGUGCCUGAGACACAUGCAGUCGAUGACCGCUAAAAUGGGUUUCUGUUUUCCAUGAUAUCAGUACAUACAUACUUUGGUUCAACAAUUUCAUUUGAUUAAAACUGUUGCAUAAUGAUACAUUAUAAGUAUUUUUAAUGCAAAAAGAUGCUGUGUAUCAGAAAAAUGACCCAGGUAUUCUAAAUUCAAUUACAUUGAAGCUUAC